UGUCGCCCAAUAAGAAUGUGGGCCUGGAGUGACGUCACUGCUGGUAUAAAAUCCCGCUGCACAGCCUUCCUUUCUUCUUCUAUUCCUGCCAGCCGGAGAGAGAGUGAAAUGGCUGCCAACCAGGAGCGCACGUUUAUUGCUGUCAAGCCUGAUGGGGUCCAGCGGGGACUGGUCGGUGAUAUCAUCAAACGGUUUGAACAGAAAGGAUUCCGCCUGGUAGCCAUGAAAUUCAUGCAGGCCCCUAAAGACCUCCUGAAACAGCACUACAUUGACCUUAAAGAUCGCCCCUUCUACAAUGGAUUGGUUGAAUACAUGAGCUCCGGGCCAGUGGUUCCUAUGGUCUGGGAGGGUCUGAAUGUGGUGAAGACAGGCCGUGUGAUGCUGGGAGAGACCAACCCUGCAGACUCCAAGCCCGGCACCAUCCGUGGAGAUUACUGCAUACAGGUUGGCAGGAACAUCAUUCACGGCAGCGACUCUGUGGAAAGUGCCAAGAAGGAGAUUGCCUUGUGGUUCACUCCAGAAGAGCUGUGCGACUACAAAAGCUGUGCCAACGACUGGGUGUAUGAAUAACAAGCGUCUUUCCUUUACCUGUCAGUCAUUCCGUUACAUGAAUAAAGUAUUACUGCCCCCAAACAA